AUGUCCCCCGCGCCCAAAAGGAUCCGUACCAUCACCUUGCCCUCCCCAUUCACCUCGAGCGAGUCAACCGACGCGCCUGAACCCCUCUCCCUUCACCUCUCGCGUAAGACCGCGUCGUACCUCCUCGUGCACUCCGCAUCAGGCGAUACAGCGCCGCACCAAUACUCGAUCAUCAAUUGCUUGGCCUUGAGUGAUCCGUUCCCUUUGCCUGAUAAGGAGAACCAAAGAUGUCGGAUGUGGUUGAAGAUUGGGCCGAGAGCGAGCGGCGAGGACGGCGGCGAGAACCAUGGCUUGGUCGAACACUUGGCACAACAAGCGAUCAUCAGGGAGUGCGUUUUUAUAUCGUCAUUGCAGCAGAGUUCAUGUUGCUGACGAUCUAAUAUGGGCGUUGGCACCACUAUGUUUCGUUUGCGGUCCUGUAACCCCCACGUGUAGCACCGGUCUUAGAAGCCAACAAGGCGAAAUCUCACAGCCUCUCGUUGAACUCUUGCUCGACGAAAAAGAGCUCUCCCACGUCUGCGAAGGCUGUGGCAAGUUCGAAACGGCCUCCGCAGAAUCAUCGUCCGAGGACGGCGAGGAAGAGUCUGUACCCGCCGAGGACCGGUUCAAGAGGUGUGCGAGGUGCAAGAUGGCUUACUACGUUAGUCCACAUUCAACCUUGACAUAUCGUUCUCAUCUGCGUUGCUCACCGAUCCCCCACAACCCUGUCUGUUUGAGAUAGUGUUCGAGCGAGGUAGGCUUCACACCCAAGACCUUAUCUCCGAGUCUCCACCACUCGUCGUCUCUGAGUUCAAACCUUCGGCCCAUCUCCACUCUUUUGAAAUCCUGCGCAGUGUCAAGCCUCUCAUUGGAAAACUCACAAACCGAACUGCCAAGAUUGCAUCGCCGAAACGGACUACGAGAUCGAAUUGGCCCGACGGCAAAUCUUACUCAAGGUUUAUGGACGCGCGGAUCACUUAUCGAAAGCGGAUGAGGGGCAAUCGGCGAAAAAGAGCAAGCUCGAUUGA